GUUUUUUCCAUUUUAUUUUUUCCCAUUUAAUUUUAUUUUUUCUUUCUUUUACUCAACCAAAUAAUAAUAAUAAUAAUGCAAGCUAAAGAAUGUCACAUUUCUGACAUUGAAGACCAUGAGGAAGAAGAGUCAGGGUUUUAUGAAAGCAGUUCAGAAAACGACGAGUGCUCGGGCGACGAGCAUAAAUCACAUUACUUUGACCCGACCAAGAUUACAACCUCUUUACCUUUACUACCGUUCAAUAACCAAGUAGGUGGGCACGCGUCUUUUUUUCGGUUUUCGAAACGAGCGAUUUGUAAACCUGUAUCAGCCAGAGAGCAAGAGUUUUAUGAAGACAUGGAUGCUCACCAUCAUGAACUUUUACCGUUUACAUCGCAAUACAUGGGAGUUUUGAAUGUCACCUAUCGUCCUUCACAUACCACAGGCUUACCUGUACCUGAAGUCCUGUUUGAAAAAAACAAACACUUGCUACGCGAUUGGCGAGCAUGUAGCGAUCAACAACAGAUCAGAAGACGACACUCCUGUUCGCCGUCUACACAGCGUUCCAGAAAAUUCCAAGAACAAGUACUACGUGAAGUGUUCUCUCCUCAGGCAUUAAAAGAGCGUUUAUUACUGGCAGAGGAUUGGCGACGAAAAAAGGUUAUCGAGACAGCUCAUAGUUACACACCGAAAAAAACAGGCUUUAAUGAUGACAAUCCUAUUGUGGAAGGUGGUCGUUCCGUACCAAACAUGACUUCGACCUUUGAUGAUCAAUACGAAAAUAUUGACAAUAUGACACUGGAACCACGCAGACCUUCUAUCAUCAGCUCCACCUCUUCUUCGCCACGACAAAGACAUCAUAUCAAACAAGGCUCGGACGAGAUCUUUUCUAUGGAUGAUCUGGAUAUUCAACCGGAACCAAAACCAUUAGUUCAAGCCAAUUUACCCGUCUUACAAGUCGAUUCUUCAUGUCUGAAAAAUCAAUCCAACACAACCAUCAAUUCAGAUAACCCGUGGUCUCUGCAGAUCUAUAAUAGAGACCUCCAGCGUAUGAGGCAGCGCAGAAAUACCUUGACAGAAAAUGUUCAGAAAUUCAUCUUGAUUGAAGAUUUGACAGAUGGUGUCAGGUACCCGUGUGUACUUGAUUUAAAAAUGGGAACACGCCAGUAUGGUGUUUAUGCCACGCGUGAAAAAAUGCGGAGUCAGACCAUUAAGUGUGAAAAAUCCACCAGCAAAACUCUCGGUGUGCGUGUAUGUGGUAUGCAGGUUUACAAGAGGGACAAGGACCAAUUCCUGUUUCAGGACAAGUAUUAUGGACGGACACUCAACCCCGAAACAUUCUGUGAUACAUUGGAAGCUUAUCUGGACAAUGGGCAAGGCUGUCAGAUAUAUCAUAUACCCGUCAUUGUGCGUAAAUUGCGACGUUUAGCAAGAAUUGUCAAGACAAUGCAUGAUUAUCGAUUUUAUGCUUCUUCUCUAUUGAUGAUUUAUGAUGGAGCACCAGACAGUCUGAAGAAAAUCGAUGUUCGGAUCAUUGAUUUUGCAAACUGUGUGACAGCAGAUGAUGUACGCUUCAGAUCCAACCAGUUUACUUUUCCACCUCGCAACAAAAGUCCCGAUAAUGGCUAUUUAUUAGGCUUAAAAACGCUAGUAUUAUCGUUUGAGUGGAUCUAUGAAAAGAAUGGCGGUGACAUGGGAGAGCUGGCGGUGGAUGACAAUGUCUUUGCUGAUAUUUAUGAUGCAGCUAAUGAACAAGCUUUAGCUGCCAUCUUAAGCUGAGUAAAAACAUUUUUUUUUUC